AGUAAAUCCACACAAUCAACUCUGAACCUUUCAAUUCCUUUAAUUUUUUUCGGUGUGCUUUUCACGAUUCGACUUCAUCUACUAACACACAACAGCCGACCGCGACAACCACCGCCGAGAUGAAGUUGAACAUCUCCUACCCUGCCAAUGGCAGCCAGAAGCUGAUCGAGAUCGAAGAUGAGCGAAAGCUCCGAGACUUCAUGGAGAAGCGAAUGGGCGCUGAGGUUCCCGGUGACAACCUUGGUGAUGAGUUCAAGGGCUACAUCUUCCGCAUUACCGGUGGCAACGACAAGCAAGGUUUCCCGAUGAAGCAGGGUGUCAUGCACCCUACCCGUGUCCGACUACUCCUUGCCGAUGGCCACUCCUGCUACCGCCCCCGCCGUACCGGUGAACGCAAGCGAAAGUCCGUCCGUGGUUGCAUCGUCGGCAUGGACCUUUCUGUCCUCGCCCUUUCGGUCGUCAAGCAAGGCGACAGCGAGAUCCCCGGCCUAACCGACGUCGUCCACCCCAAGCGUCUCGGCCCCAAGCGCGCCACCAAGAUCCGCCGCUUCUUCGGUCUCAGCAAGGAUGACGACGUCCGCAAGUACGUCAUUCGACGAGAGGUCCAGCCCAAGAAGGAGGGCAAGAAGCCUUACACCAAGGCCCCCAAGAUCCAGAGACUGGUUACUCCCCAACGUCUCCAGCACAAGCGCCACCGCAUUGCGCUCAAGCGACGACAGUCCGAGAAGGUCAAGGACGAGGCGAACGAGUACGCUCAGGUCUUGGCCAAGCGUGUUGCCGAAGUCCGCGCCCACAAGGCCGACGCUCGCAAGCGACGAGCAAGCUCUAUGCGCAAGUAAAUUCCUACAGGCGUUUGGUCGGUGUCUUCUGGUUCUUGCAUUAGGGCAUAAAUCAUGGCAAUGGCUUGCGGGAUGAUGGGGAUGCUGGUCAUAAGAUAGCCGGCAUCAAGAGUGUAUUCCCGGAACCUAAAAAAUGAAAUCGAGAUUCCCAAACGGCGGCUUUUAUACCUUAUGCUUUAUGCUUUAACUAUGUUCUUUAUAUUCGCAGUUCCGUAUCGAUACGUAAUGUGAUAAUGUGAUAAUGCUAUAUGACA